AUGGGCCAGCCUAAAACAACACUUAUUCUGGCCGAAUUCCACUCCGUAAGCGAACUGGCCAACGAGGUUUCGCAUGUACCGUUUCACUUUGACAACGACUUUGCUAUUGACCAGUUAUGGUCAACGAUUCCAAAACGUACGCAACUGACCACAUCCGAACUCGUUAAUCAAUUUUUAUCCCGCGAUGACUUGGGAGACUUGGAGCCUAUUCAGAUCCUGAGGAAGAUGCGUCAACUCUCCUACGACGAUCCUUUGGAAGACGGUUGGCCCGUUAAUGCUCAAGUAUACCGACUCUCCUCAACCAGAUACUCAACAGCUGAACAAGAAUUGGGAAACAUGUUGCAGCUUGGCAUAGUCCGGCGAUCAGACAGUGACUGGUCGUCUGCUCUGUACAUGGUUUUCAAGACAGUUGUUAGUGAAUGGUGGCCAUGCGAUGAUUAUCGUGCCUUAAACGCAAUAACCAAUCCUGAUGGCUACCAAAUAUCAGAUCUGCAUGAUAUGUUUCGAUUCUACACCGAAAAUCCGCUUUUUUCAGCCAAAUACAACAAACCUCAAAAGCGUUACAGCACUUUCGGUCAUGAUCUUCUUGCUAUCUACCCAGCUGUCAAGCACAUUAGAACCUCAAACGUGUUCGUGAGUGGGGUCGUCAUUUUUACUAACACCGUCCACAACCAAAAGUGGGUUUUCAGCGGCCACCCGAAAUUCACGUUUCCUCUUCACAAGUACCCCCUUAGCGGCAGAAAUGGAUUCUCCGGCGACCCUGCAGUGUCCACCACGGCUUCGUCCUCCGCUGCUGGUGGCGGCUUGUCAGCCACUAGACUUUCAGAUCGUUUGCAGGGCUCUCUGCAAAUUCCUUUCUAG